GUUGUGGGAGGGUCCUUGUAUCGGGAACGCGCACCGCUGGCUGCUGAAAUCUCUCGUGUUUUCCUCUCAAGCUGAGCGGGGUUUGCUCUUUAACUGAAGGUGAAAGGUUAAAGCAACAUGUCUUCAGCGUUGGAGAAGCCGCAGAUCAUCGCGCACAUCCAGAAGAGUCUGAACUACACGGUGUUUGACAGCAGAUGGAUCCCCUGCAGCGCUAAGUUUGUCUGUAUGGGGAACUUCGCCCGAGGCUCCGGAGUGCUGCAGAUCUACGAGGUCCAGCGCGGCGAGCUGCAGCUGCUCAAAGAGAUCGAGAAGGCCAAGCCGAUCAAGUGUGGGACGUUUGGAGCCACGUCUCUGCAGCAGAGGCACCUGGCCACGGGGGACUUCGACGGCUGUCUGAAUGUUUGGAACCUGGAGAUGCCGGAGAGCCCAGUGUACUCGGUGAAGGCACACAAGGAGAUCAUCAACAGCAUUGAUGGAGUGGGAGGACUGGGCAUCGGGGACGGGGCCCCGGAGAUCGUCACCGGGAGCAGAGACGGCACAGUCAAGGUGUGGGACUCCAGGCAGAAAGACACGCCUGUGGUGAACAUGGAGCCCAUGGAGGGAGAAACCAAGAGAGACUGCUGGACCGUUGCUUUCGGUCACGCUUUUAAUGACCAGGACCGCUGUGUGUGUGCGGGAUACGACAACGGUGACAUCAAGCUGUUUGAUCUCAGAAACAUGGCUUUACGAUGGGAGACUAACAUCAAAAACGGGGUGUGCUCUGUUGAAUUUGACAGGAAAGACAUCAACAUGAACAAACUAGUGGCCACAUCUCUGGAGGGCAAGUUUCAUGUGUUUGACAUGAGGACCCAGCACCCCACCAAAGGAUUCGCUUCAGUGUCGGAGAAGGCUCACAAGUCCACAAUAUGGCAAGUGAGGCAUUUACCUCAGAACCGCGACAUCUUCAUGACGGCCGGAGGAGCCGGCAAUCUGCAUUUAUGGAAAUAUGAGUAUCCAGCCCAGAGGACUAAAAAGGGUGCGGAUGACGUGGACAUGGGCGUAGCAGGCUCGGUGAACCUCCUGCAGAACGUGACUCUGUCCACACAACCCAUAUCCAGUGUAGACUGGAGCCCGGACAAACAGGGGCUGUGUGUCUGCUCCUCAUUUGACCAGUCUGUACGAGUCCUCAUCGUGACCAAACUCAACACCGUCUGACAUCUCUACUGUUAUUCCCAAUCUGAUCACUGUUUACAUGCCACAGAUAUAGCUUCAGCUUAGAUGUGCAACGGUUUUUUUUAAAGAAAACAAUUGUCAUAAUUCUUUGUUCGCUGGUGUUUUUAUGCACAAUGUGAAGGCCUGUAACACCACGGUAAAGUUAUUUUAAGUACAAAUAAUCAUUUUGUCUUUGCAAUCUUCGUUCAAGUUAAAUGGUGUUUUUCAGGCUGCUGUCUUUCUUUAAUGCCCGCUUCUCAUAAUCCAAUCAGUUCCCUGUUGUCCCUCCUAACUAAGAAGGACAUUCCCAAACUAAAAAGAUCACAUUCAGCACUUGAAUCUGAAGACGUCUUGCAGCUCCUCAUCAUCCACUGAUCUGUCAUGGAUAACAGUGAAAACUGUCCUCAGAAGACUUCCCUUCAAGCUUAUAUUUACUUCAGAGUGUAACUUAUGAUGAGUUAUCACCAAGUGGCUCAGAAACCUCCAAGACCAACAUCUUCACUUCAGAUCAAGUCUCUUGAAUUACACAUCAGCAUCAUCACAGGAAACUUCACCAAGGCUGUGAUGACCUGAGAGCUGUCUAAUCACUAAGAGCUUCUUCUGCUGUUAAGAAAGAUAUAGACAUCCCUAUCAGAAUCAGAUUAAAGAUAAUUUGAUGGGUUAUGGCACCCAUCAGGUCUGGGAUCCAGUUAUAAACCAUGGUACAAACGCCCAAUAUAGCCAUGUCCAGCUAAACCCCAGAACAAAUCUCCAGUCAAACCUUUCUUCUAAAUUUGUAUCUAAUGUAACCAACGCUUUGGCUAUGUAAAGUCUUUUAACCAUGCAAACAAAGCUAAUAGGAUCACAAAACUUUUAGGAUCAAGCUCCAAACCAUCCUAAUAUUAAUCCAUACACACCGGCAUGUUGCCUCUGUUAAUAUACAUAGUAAGAUUAUAACAAGACUGUCUACUUUGCAUAAAUCAUAGUUUGGAUACCUUGAUAGGCUAAUAUUUUACCGCAAUAAAGCAAAACUGUUGUCAGAUUAAAAGUUAAAGCUGCAUUUCCAAAA